AUGAAUGAGUCAGUGUUCUGCGAUGAGGAACUGAAACAACGAGCCUUAAAGGCUAUUCAACAGACCAAUGACCCGAUAGAAAAACUUCGACUUCAGUGCCUGGCUCGUGGAAGUGCGGGCAUUAAACAGUUUGCACGCGCAUUUUUGAUAAUGGACGAUAACGAGAAUAAACAACUGGAUCUGGAUGAGUUUACGAAGGGUGUUCGAAAUUUCGGAUUGGAGAUUAGUGAUGACGAUAUUAAAACGAUCUUCACGACUAUUGAUAAGAAUUUGACGGGCACUAUUGACUUCGAUGAAUUUCUGAGAUCGUUGCGGCCUCCAAUGUCCGAAGCACGCGUAAAACUGAUCGAAUUAGCGUUCAAUAAACUCGAUAAGACUGGCGACGGAAAGGUUAGUUGA